GCUAGUGGUGCCAUCACACUGAAGAAAAUUCAAUCAUUAAAUACAGGCUAGAAUUCGUUAGAGUAAGUUAUUUCACAAAAUAUAUUUAAAUGGAAAAGCCUUCAAAAGGAAAUUUAAAAAUUCCGGGGACUAUUAUAAAUAGUCAAAAUGCUCAACUAUUAUGUUCGACUGGAAUUCAUUCUUUGGACUCUAUAUUGGGAGGUGGUUUGCCCGUGGGGACCGUCAGUAUUAUAGAGGAAGAUAUUUAUGGUUCCCAUGCAAAAAUUAUGUUGGACUAUUUCCUAGCUGAAGGAAUCGUCAGUAAACAUUCUACACUAGUCGCUAGUUUAGAUAUAAACCCUUAUGACAUUAUCAAAAACCUUCCUGCUGUGAUUACUAAUGAUUCUGAGGACUGUCCAAUUCCUAAUUCUGAAUCUUUACACACUGAGAAAAUGAAAAUAGCUUUCAGAUACCAGAACUUGCCUACAGCGGAAAAAGAGUCUUAUAGUGUAGGUCAUAAUUUUGAUCUGUCUAAAUCUAUGUCACUUGAAGACAUAGAAAAUUCCGAUAUUUGUUACUGGAAUGGACAGAGAAAAGAAACUGGUAACAGUAUGUUUGCAAAUCCUGCCUAUAACGAAUUACUUAAAGCUGUGAAAGAAAAAAUCAAAGAAGGAAAAUUUUUUCUGAAAGAUAAUCCCCCAAACAGGACCAUACUUCGAAUAGGUGUCCACUCUCUGGGAUCACCCAUGUGGUUGCCCCAUCGAAAUUCAUUUCAUUUAAUGAAUGAAAGCCGCGAUUUGGAUAUGUUUAUAUUUUGUCUUAGAGCUUUGGUGAGAUCUGCUUUUGCUGUGGCUGUGAUAACAAUACCAACACAUCUAUAUCAUGAAAACUCUCUUGAUAGGUGCAUUCACUCCAGUGAUAUUGCCAUGAGACUACAAACAUUUUCUGGAACUGAAUUAGAAAAUAAUUUUAGCCUAUCAGAUUAUCAUGGAUUUUUUCAUUUGACAAAAUUAGCAGCGAUCAAUUCAUUCGCUUCCAAACAUCCAGGGUCAGUUGAAUAUGUUUUCAAGUUGAGAAGGAAAAAGUUUCAUAUAGAAAAACUGCAUUUGCCUCCAGAUGUGCAGGAGGUUCAUGAAAAAAAGGCUACUCCAUCCCUGGGAUGUGGAAGUAGUACUAAACAUCUUCUAGAAUUUUAAUUCAAUGGUACCUUUGAUUGAUUACCAAUUAUUUAUUUCAGAGUAUUAUAUUUUUCACAGUAACGAUACGUUUUUAUGUCCGUUUUACUAUAUUGAUCAGUGAUGUGAUAUAAUUACUGUAGUGAUAAAUAAAGUACAUGUUUUCAUAUUCUA